UCUUUUUUUUUGGUCGUCCUUCUUCCCGUUGAGCUAAUCGAUUACGGUCAACCGCUACACCUGCUCACCGUUUGUCAUAUUUAUCUGCCCGCAACCACUCAUAUCAUGGAUGAUUUUGACAUGCUGAACGCGCCCGCCGCUGGAAACGGUGUCGGCUCGGAGGAGGACCCAGCUGCCGCCUUCUUAGCCCAGCAGGAGAGCGAAAUCGCGGGGAUUGAAAACGACGAAGGCUUCAGCAUCCUGGACAGCGGAGACGUCCCCUCGUCGCUCGCAGACUCCACCGAUGGUGCUGUCAACGGGGAGCUCCAUGGGGAAAGCAAUGGUCCAUCAGACGCCUAUGCAGCAAUUUCCAAUGCAGACCGGCUGCAGGCCGAACCUGAAAGCUUACGCAAGUGGAGGGAGGAGCAAAGUGAACGGCUGGAGUUGCUAGAUGAAAACUCUCGCAAGCAGGAGUCCGAGUGGAAGGAGAAAGCCAAGGUGGAGCUGGAAGAGUGGCAUGCUAGGCAGAACGAGCAGCUGGAGAAAACAAAAAGCAACAACAGGGUGCUGGAUGAAGACUUCUACAAGCAGCCCUUCUCUGAGCUCAUUGGUUAUGUCACACACAUUAACCAUCCUUGCUACCGCCUAGACCAGGCGGCCGAGGAGGCCAUGAUCUCAGAUCUGGACGAGAACAACCCCGGCACGGAGUGGGAGCGGGUGGCUCGGCUCUGCGACUUCAACCCCAAGUCCAGCAAGCAGGCCAAAGACGUGUCCCGCAUGCGCUCAGUCCUCAUCUCCCUGAAGCAGUCUCCGCUAGUCCGCUAGGCAGCCAAGGCUGCUCAGGGCAUCAUUCCAUAUCAUCCUCUGUCACCACACACCAACCAAUUCAACAACCACUGUAUUCUGAAGACAAGGGGGCGUACACCCCCUCUGUGCAUGUGUUUGCCAUGCGCAGCCCUGUCCCCCCCCCUACCCCAGUGGAAGGAUUUAGCCAGUGGCCCUACCUUCAUCUGUCUUCACCUGGCAGGGCUGUAGAGAUUAACCUUGAAGCACUGGCUCAUUUUCUCCCUCCUCACCUGUGUUCACCUCUUUCACAGACCAGUCAAGACCUCUUAACGUGUCUUCCUUGUUGUCUAACAUGUGGAGAUCAAGACCUUUUAGAUCGAGAUCAGGUCUCGUGGUUUGUGGUCCUGUGCAACACUUGUGUAAGGGUGGUGAGCUGGGACACUAAAAGGGAAGGGUUGAUGUUUGUUUGGGCCUACAGCUACACUACAUUCUGCUUCACAUGGACCCCAAACAAUAUCAUUCCCAUGAUGCUGUACUCUAACUCCUAACCUGUCAAUCUCAUGAAUCCUUCUCCGACCCGCGAGGGUUGAUUGAUGUUAUAUGGAUUUGUUUGUUUUCCCAUUCAUGAAAAAAAGAAGUAUCUUCAGAAUUUUUCUUUAUUGUUGUUUUUUUUUAAGGACCAAACUCUAAGACAGAACUCCAAAUUCAGUGUGUGUACUUUGAACUGUGUGUGUAGAGCCUGCUUGUGGCAUAUUGUGUUAACUUUUUCCAAUCUAUGCAUUUCCUUUUGAAAAGCCUCUCCCCUCUGCAGUCAGGAACUGAACAAAGUCCAGUCAUUACAAUGAAUAUGACCUGUUUGUGUGUGUGUUAAAACCUCAACAGUGUGUGUGUGUAUGUACUCUAUGCGUGUACCUAUGUACAUAUACAAAAGGCAAUAUAUAUACAGUAUAUAGAACGUUUAUGUCACUGAAAUUAAACAGUUGUGGUUUUAAAGAGAAUUAGAUAUUAGCCAGCUGUUGCUUGACCAUGCGUGUUCAUUGUCCAUUUGAUUUCAAUAUCAGUAAAAAGUGAAUGAAA